AUGGACCCAAUUUUAAGUCAGGGAUAUGGUUACGGGUUUGCGCUUGGAUUAGGCGCGGCAUUUGCGAUCCUAAUGGUUGCUAUUUCAAAAUUAAUGUCUAAGCAUGCUGGGCAGGUUCAGAACUCUGAAAGAUUUUCUACAGCGUCGAGAAAUGUGGGAUCCGGCUUAAUUGCAAGUUCAACCAUUUCAGCUUGGACAUGGCCUGCAACGCUAUUAGUCAGUGGUACAUGGGCAUAUGAAUAUGGUAUAAUGGGUAGCUGGAUGUACGGCGUUGGAGGAACCGUGCAAGUCACUUUAUUCGUAUUUUUAGCACUCAAUAUUAAGAAGUAUGCACCAGGAGCACAUACUGUUUGUGAGACGUUUUUCAUCAGAUUUGGUAAAUCUGGUCACCUGUUAUAUUUAUGUUACUGCGCUGCAACCAACAUAAUUAUAUCUUCCUUGUUAUUGCUGGGCGGUUCCCAAGGGUUUGCUGCUAGCACAGGAAUGCAUGUGGUGGCUGCAAGCUUUCUUCUUCCCCUGAACGUAAUCGUUUAUACGGCUUUGGGUGGUCUAAAGGCUACAUUUAUCUCGGAUUGGGUUCAUACUGUGAUCAUUUAUCUGAUUUUAAUUGUAUCAGUUUACACAACUUAUUGUAGUUCAUCACUUAUUGGAUCUCCCGGAAGGAUGUGGGAGCUCUUAAGAGAUAUUCAGGAGGUCUACCCUGUGGCUCUCGGUAAAAGUUACCUUUCAUUCAAGAGUCGCGAUAUGAUUUUGCUGUCAUGGUCUGUUACACUAGGGGGUAUGUCAUCUGUUUUAGGAGACCCGGGAUAUUCACAAAGAGCAAUUGCUUCAGAUUCAAAAAGUGUUUUUCUUGGAUAUACAAUGGGUGGAUUAUGUUGGUGGGUUAUCCCUUGGGCCUUAGGUUCUUCCGCUGGAUUGGCUUGUAGGGCACUGCUCACAAAUCCUGUUUCGGUAACGUUUCCUAAUGAGUUAUCGAGUGCCGACAUCAAUGCAAGUAUGCCAGUCAUAUAUGGACUAGCUGCCAUUCUAGGCAAGAGUGGCGCGGCAGCAGGACUGCUUAUGUUGUUUAUGUCUGUCACUUCUGCAACGUCUGCUGAAUUAAUUGCAUUUUCUUCGAUUACAACAUAUGAUAUUUAUAGAGCUUAUUUCAAUCCGAAUGCUACCGGGAAGCAAUUGGUUAGGGCUUCUCAUAUUUCUGUCGUAGCAUUCGGUAUUUUUAUGGGCGUUUUAUCUGUGGUAUUCAACUACAUAGGAGUUACCGUAGGUUGGUUAUUAAGCUUCUUAGGAAUACUUCUCAAUCCUGAGGUAGGUGCUGUAGUUCUUUGCCUAUUUUGGCCAGGAAUGACGAAAUUUGGUCUGCUAAUUGGUGCACCUUUAGGCACUAUUACUGGAAUUGUUUGCUGGCUUGGAUCGACAUACGUUUAUGCAGACCACGUUGUUGACAAAAAUACGGUAAUGACCACAGAAGCUACAUUCAUUGGCAAUAUUGUAAGCUUAUUUUCAGGUCUUAUCUAUAUCAUAGUGUUUUCUCUACUGACACCAAAAAAGGAAUCAUUUGACCUUACAUUACUAAGGGGUGCGAUCAAAGUAGCAGAUGACGUUGAUUACGAGGAAGAAAAGGCAUUAGUACUGACUGAAGCCGACGAAAAAGUUUUGGCUCAUCAAAGUUAUUUGAGUUUAGCAGUCAACUCCGUUGUUUUAUUGGGCGUGUAUGUGGUCGUUACUUGUGCCUUGUACGGUUGGGGAGGUGAUUUUAGCAAAGGAUCAUUUACUGCUUUCAUGGUUAUUAUGAUGAUAUGGCUCAUAGUUGCCGCACUGUUAAUUAUUCUGUUCCCUCUCUGGCAGGGAAGAAAUACAAUCAAACUUAUUUUUCUAUCUAUUGUUGGAAAAUCUAAACUUGACAGGAAAAUUGAAUAUAUAGAAAAUGCUUCCACAUCGUCUCAGCUAGAAGCAGAGGAAAUCGAACAAUCAAAAUUAGACAAAAAGGAUGCCACAAAUGUUACUGUUAGUGGCCUUUAA